ACCCAAACUCCGGGCCACUGCGACAAGGUCCACAUCUACUUCUGGAAGGGGAUUUUUCCGAGUACAAAAAAAUUGUAACCAUCAAGAACCAGUACCUCAACUGCCACACACUAGACAGAUAUGAACACCACCGCCGCAAAAUCCACAACCUGCACUUACAGGCAGAAGUGCAUCAAGUGCCCGAUUGUGUUGGAGAGCCCUACGGGUGACUGGCCCACGCUCUACAGGAUAGUUGUGCAGCACUGGGAGGUUUGUGCAGGCAGCCUUGCUAGGCUUACCUGCCACGACGCCCCUGCGCAAAUGACCAUUGCACCAACCCCAAACCCACAAAGUCCCCCAAGGAUCUCUACUAAGAGCUUAGGUAUUCGUCGCAAGGCCAAGAAAAAAACCCUGGACCAGGGAAGGAGAAAAACGCGGAAGAACAAAACCCUGGAGGAGAGGCGGCGUGGGCUCGAAGCCGACCCGUAUGCCUACGACGUAACUGCAAAAACCGUCAUGUGCCGCGGGUGCCAUGGCCUCUACAAACUCGACCAAAGGUCGGAUUACUUCCCUCUCCUCUGGAAUAAGCACAGGGACAAGUGUGAAGACGUGAAGAAGAUGAAGCUGGCCAAAGCUGCAGAAGCUUUACGUCCGUCUGAUGACGGAGAAUUGAUGAGCGCGUGUACGACUCCUGGUAGGGUGGAGAGGGGUCAUCGGGACGCCAUUGACGUUCAGCGCUAUUGAUUGCUACCAUAGUGCAACAAUGAAGUUGUUUAGAUGAUCGUGGGUCUCUAGCUCGGACGCGUCAUUUUCGUGACGCCCGAGUGCCGACGGGAGAUUGCUUGAGCAACAAUCGUAUACCAGAAGGCUUUCUGCUCCCAAUUCCUGUGCUUGUAUGAUAUCCAAUAACACUGCGAUCAUUUCUUCUUUAUUGUGGUGAAUUGAAGAGGACGUUGACUGAGCGCAGAUCAGUUAGACUCUGCUUAGAUGCUGACAUGGAUUCUAUGUCACCCUGACUCGCUGAGGUGGUGUUGAGCCUGAGUCCAUCAUGGAUAAGAAAGACACGACUCAGUGAAAGCUUUAGUGUUGACAUUGAUAUUGUCGCCUCAUCCGAGUCAUUGACACAUUGAC